CGCGGGGAGCCACGGUGCCGUCCCGGAAGUCCCUUCUGGGAGGUAAACCCACGCCGGAAGUGGCUGGUGUCCAGUGAGUUCCGCGCAUGCGCAGAUUAAAAAUUGAAGCAAAACCGGAAGUGCUGCCCAUACAGGGCGGGCCACAAAGACAGACGGAAGUACAGCCGCUGAGUGACCGCGGGGACUCGCGCACGCGCACACAGGCGAGCGAGACCCACCGGAAGUCCCGCCCUCCGCGGGAAGCGACGACCUGGAAACAGCGCGGCGGUGACCCUUGGAGGAGCCAAAAACCAAGAUGGCUGCGACCAACUGACACCCUGUCUGUCUCUUGUCCACCAGCAGCACCGUCGCAAGACCCCGAACACCAAGAUGGCGGCCACGCACUGACGGACGCCCCGUCUCUCUCUCUCUCCCGUCCCCCCGGCAAGUGACCGUGUUCAUGGCGGCCGCCACCAUCGUGCACGACGCCUCGGAGGCCGUGGAGCUGUGCGGGGCCCGCGGCCUCUUCCUGAAGCCCAUCACCAAGAUGACCAUCUCCGUGGCCCUUCCGGCCUUGCGCCAGCCGGGCAAGUCCAUCUCCAACUGGGAGGUGAUGGAACGACUCAAGGCCAUGGUGGCCACCCACCAGUUCUCCACCCUCCGCAUCGCCAAGAGCACCAUGGACUUCAUCCGCUUCGAGGGCGAGGUGGAGAACCGCGCCCUGGUCCGCGCCUUCCUGGCCCGGCUGGACGGCAAGACCAUCAAGCUCAGCGGCUUCGCCGAGGCCCUCCGCGUCCGCGCCGCCGAGUUCAAGUCCGACUUCCCCACCCGCCACGACUGGGAUUCCUUCUUCAGGGACGCCAGGGACAUGAACGAGACCCUCCCCGGAGAGCGGCCGGACACCGUCCACCUGGAGGGACUCCCCUGCAAGUGGUUCGCGCCCGGCGGGUCCGAGCGUCCCAGCGAGGACGUCCUGGUGUCCGUCUUCGAGAAGUUCGGGGCCAUCCGCCACGUGGACAUCCCCAUGCUGGACCCCUACCGCGAGGAGAUGACCGGACGCUCCUUCCACACCUUCUCCUUCGGCGGCCACCUCAACUUCGAGGCCUACGUCCAGUACCGCGAGUACGCCGGCUUCCUGCGGGCCAUGGCCGCCCUCCGAGGCAUGAAGCUCAUGUUCAAGGGCGAGGACGGCAAAGCCGUGGCCUGCAACAUCAAGGUGACCUUUGACUCCACCAAGCACCUGAGCGACGCGUCCAUCCGCAAGCGGCAGUUGGAGCGUCAGAAGCUGCAGGAGCUGGAGCAGCAGCGGGAGGAGCAGAAGCGGCGGGAGAAGGAGGCGGAGGAGCGCCAGCGCGCGGAGGAGAGGAAGCAGCAGGAGCAGGAGGCGCAGGCGCGGGCCCGGCGGCGGGAGGAGCGGCGGCGGCGGCGGGAGCAGCGGCAGCGGGCGCGGCAGCAGCGGCGGCAGCGGCGGCGCGAGGCCCGGCUGCAGGCCGAGGAGCAGCGGCGGCUGCAGGAGAAGAUCCGGGCCGAGGAGCGGCGGCUGCUGCUGGCCCAGCGCAACCUGCAGUCCGUGCGGCUGGUGGCCGCCCUGCUGGCCCGGGCCAAGGCCGCCCGUCUGGCCGCCCGUGAGCGUGAGGAGGAGCGUCGCCGGAGCCGGGCGCAGGCGGAGCGGCGUCGGGUGCAGGAGGCCGAGCUGCGCCGCGUGGAGGAGGAGAAGCGCCGGGCGCUGGGCCUGCAGAGGAAGGAGCGGGCGCUGCGGGAGCGGCUGCUGGGCCUGCUGCUGGCCCAGGGCCCGGCCCCGGCCUCCACCACCACCACCCCGGCCUCCACCAUCCCAGCCUCCACCAUCCCAGCCUCCACCACCACCCCAGCCUCCGAGGACGCCCUGCUGCGCCUGCUGCGCUCCGUGCAGGCCCUGGCCGCCCCGUCGGACGCCGGCCGGGCCGUGGCCAGCAGGCCGCACGCAGACCCCCGGGAGGCGGACGCGAGGGCCGGCGCCCCGGCAGCCACCACCACCGCCACCACGAUGACCGCCACGACCCCCCCGGCCGCCGUGCCGGCCUCCACCCCCGACCCCGGGCCCCGGCCUGGCCCGCUGGCCACGUCCAGCGCCACGCGCCCCCGGGACCCCGAGGCCGGCCGGUCCCCCCCGUCCUCCCCGUCCUCCUCCUCCUCCUCCUCCUCCUCCGGGGAGGCGGGGGGCGGCCGACGGGGCCGUCGCCGCCGGCCGGGGCCCGACGGGCAGCGGGGAGGCGGCCAGCGGCGGCCGGGGGGGGGCCGGGCCGCCCGCUCCCGCUCCCGCUCGCCCGCACGCCGCCGCCGCAGCGCCUGGACCAGGUAG